UUGGCCCCUGAGGAUGCCAGCCCCGACGCGAAGGGGAAAACAACCCUCCCAAUCGAGAUCGAGGCUGAGGUCCGAAAGAGGCUGGACAGGAUGCCCAGCCGCCCGAUCAUCGACUUUCUAGUCCAAUAUUUCAUGACGAAAGUCAACUGGAUAGACCAGCUUCUGCAUCCGCCUUGGUUCCUGGCGCAGUAUCGGCGAUGGUGGAGCCUGGGCAGGAUAUCCUCGGUCGCCGACAUUGAGUUUGCCAUCCUCUUUCUGCGGGUGUGCUGCUAUGCCUCGCACUUUCUCCCUUCGCCCGCCUACACCGCCGACAGCGUCAAGGGGAUGCCGCUUGCCGACAUUCGCCGCUUAUGCGAUGACACCAGCGACGCGCUCAUGCCCAUUUGUAGGCAGCUUGACCUGCAAGGCUCCCUCGUGCGUGUGCAGAGCAUCGCCCUCGCUGGCCUGGCAUGCCUCAGCGCUGGCCGGAUGCACCUCUUCUGGGAGCAUCUCAGCUGCGCGACGAGGGUCGCGCAGCAGAUCGGCCUGCAUCCGGGCCCCGGGGUCGGGGCCGGCGGCAUGAAUGAGAUUGAGAAGGAGAUGAGACGACGGACUUUUUGCAACCUCUAUCUUUGGGACAGUUGCUUAUCGAAACGACUCGAUCGCAUUCCGUUCCUGCCAGACGACGCCUUAACUCCCGAUAUGACGCCCCGGAUGCGGCUCCUGCCGCCCGGCAUCGGCCUCGGCGACGACGCACCCGACCCGUUUAUGCAUCGCCUUCUCCGCGCUCAACUUGCGCGCUUCUGGCGCCAAAGCUGCCGGGCUCGGGGCUCAGAGCCCAAGGGCUACGACGCGGUAGCAGCCGAGCAGCUGUACGAGGCCUUCUGCCGCUCGUUCCUCCCCACGCUGCCGCCCGUGUUCGCGCUGGCGCGGCCGGACCGGCGAUGGGACAAGAAGGUGCCGACGCUGCCGAUGCAGCGCGUGAUGCUGCACAUGGCCAUCUUCGAGUUCCUCUGCUGGAACUUCCGCCCGGCGGUCCUGCACCCAACCGGCCCCCAUCACCACCACCACCACCACCCGGUGCGCGGCUACAAGCAGAUCCUGCUGGCGCACGGCAAGCGCGCGCUGGCCGUCGCGGCCCUGCGCCUGCUCGAAAACGCGGGCAUCCUGCACGGCCUCAUGACGGGCGGCGGGCGCACGCGCUUCUGUGGCGUCGUCCUGCCGACCUUUGAGGGCGCUGUGACGUUGCUCUGCCUGUGUGCGGACCCGGGCUUUCCCGGCGACGCCAGCGGAGACGGGCGGACAUCGCAGCCGCACGCGGCGAUCCAGCGCAUGGCCACGGACCCGCUCGGCGCGCGGCUGGGCUCGGUCAGCCGCGACGAGUGCCUGCAGGCGGCGCGCGGCGCGCUGGCGACGCUGUGCGCGCUGGCCGAGGUCAGCGACAUGGCGGAUGUCGGGGCCCGGACGCUGGCGAGGCUGGUCGACAGGGUCCAGGGG